AUGGACGGGGCGACGCGCUGUGGGAGAGGGAAAAUUGAGAGUUGCCCCGUUCGCGACGCUUCCAAUGCGCAGAUGACGGGGGUUUUGAACCGAUCCAUCCACCAAAGGCGCCACACGGACUCGGACAGACUCGAAGAGAUCAUCGUCCGCUCAUCUCAGUAUCGUGCAUCCUCGCCUUCGACGGUUCACCCCAUCCGUAGCCUCGGUACAUGCACAGUAUCAUCGCCAUCAGAAAAGCCAACACCAGCGUAUCCUCGAAUUGAUCGGAUACUGCGCUGGGCAUCCUCUCUGAAGCUGAAAGCUGCCAACUCCACCAGAGUAUCUGCAUCUACGCUCCUCGCACUACGAAUCGCAUCAUUCUCCUCACUCGGAUCAGCCUAG